GUCACCCCACUGAACGAAGAUUCAUACCGCCAAGCUGGAAGGUUGACUUCCAAAGACUUACUUUGCCCAAGGAAGAGCAUAGAAGAGGAGGAAGAGGAAAAAAGAGGAGUCAGGCAUGGCUCUUUCUCAGAUAUCUCUCAUAUGCAUGUUAUCAAGAAAUUACAACUAAAUGCAAACAUUUAUAGAGGAGAAGGAUUCCAAACAUUGAUACUGGGAAGACACAAAAGGAAUAAAACUGAAGAUUUUUACCUCAGGGAAAUCCAGGAAAAUAUGUGUGACUUUGAGUCUCAGCCAAGAGAUGAGGAAAGAAAUUACAAAGGAAAGUGUGUAUCCCAUGACAAAAAUCUCCCCUGUAAGAGACAGCGACAUGGUAGACACAUUGCAGGAAUUCAGCCUAUUGAAAACAGACUUCCUUUAAACUUUGAGAAUGAACUGCAGCUUUGUAAAAGUGAACAGAAAAUUGAUGAAUUUAAUGAUGCUCACAGGAGUAUCAUCAUUAAUGCCUCAUUUUCACCACUUCAAGGAAUUUCUUCUACUAUCCAGUCCAACCUUGGUAAUCCAUGUGUGAAUGAUUUUAUGCAUCCUUCAGUACUGACACAAGAUCAGAGGGCACACAAGGAGAGCCCUUACAAUUGUAACCAGAGUGGUCAAACCAUUCAUCAACGCUUAAACCUCACUCAACAUCAGUUGAUCCAUACAGAAGAGAAAAUCUUUAAUUGUGAUGUAUGUCACAAAGUGUUUAGUCAACAUUCAGACCUUGCUAUUCAUCAAACAAUUCAUACUGCAGAGAAAUCUUACAAAUACAAUGAGUGUGGCAAAACCCUUAACUGUGGAUUGCAACUCACCGGACAUCAAAUAAUCCAUACAAAAGAGAACUUAUAUAAGUGUGAUAUAUGUGAAAAAGUGUUUACUCAAAGUUCAUACCUUACAGUUCAUCAGAGAAUACAUACUGGAGAGAAACCAUACAAAUGUAAUGAAUGUGGCAAGGUGUUUAGUCAGAAUUCAUACCUUGCAAAACAUCGCAGAAUUCAUACUGGAGAGAAACCUUACAAAUGUAGUGAAUGUGGCAAAGCUUUCAGUCAAAAAGGAAACCUUGCAAGUCAUCAGAGAAUUCAUACUGGAGAGAAACCUUAUAAAUGUAACGAAUGUGGUAAGAUGUUCAGUAUUAGAUCAACCCUUGUCAGUCAUCAGAUCAUUCAUACUGGAGAGAAACAUUACAAAUGUAAUGAGUGUGGCAAAACUUUUUAUUUUGGCUCACAUCUCAUACAACAUCAAAUCAUCCAUUCAGGAGAUAAACCAUAUAAAUGUGACAUCUGUGGGAAAGUCUUUGGUCAAAAUUCAUACCUUGCAGUUCAUCGGAGAAUUCAUACUGGGGAAAAGCCUUAUGAAUGUAAAGACUGUGGCAAAAUCUUUAAUCACAGCUCAAACCUCAAGAGACAUCAGAUAAUCCAUACAGGACAGAAAUUAUGUAAAUGUGAUAUAUGUGGCAGAGUCUUCAGUUAUAAUUCAUACCUUGCAAUUCACCGGAGAACUCAUACUGGAGAGAAACCUUACAAAUGUAACGAGUGUGGCAAGGUCUUCAAUCGGAAUUCAAAUCUUGCAAUUCAUCAGAGAAUUCAUACUGGAGAGAAACCUUACAAGUGUAACGAGUGUGGCAGCUGCUUUAGUCGAAAGGCGUACCUGGCAAAGCAUCAGAGUGUUCAUACGAAAGGGAAACCUUACAAAAGUAAAGACUGUUAACAAGCCUUUACUUAAAUCUCAGCCGUCACUACAUUUGUUGUCAUUCAGUUGCUAAGUCAUGUCUGACUCCUUGCAAACCCAUGGGCUGCAGCACACCAGGCUUCCCUGUCCUUCACUGUCUCCUGGGGUUUGCUCAAACUCAUGUCCAUUGAGUCAGUGACGCUGUCUUAACUAUCUCAUCCUCUGUUUCCCUCUUCUACUUUUGCCUUCAGUCUUUCCCAGCAUCAGGGACUUUUCUAAUCAGUCAGCUCUUCAUAUCAGGUAGCCAAAGUACUGGCUUCAGCUUCAACAUCAGUCCUUCCAAUGAAUAUUCAGGGGUGAUUUCACCUACUCUAACUGGACAGAGGCUCUAGACAUGUAUUGAGCUAGAGGCUCAAUGAAUUUUGAGUCAAAAUUCAUACCUUAAGGUGAGCUGAUGUUUCAUGUUGGAGAGAAACCUGACAAAUAUAAUGACUGAUAAAUUUGUCAGUGUACUGUGAAGCCUACCUUCCUGUCAGGUAACCCACAUUGAUGACAAACUUUAAGGAAGUGUUUUUAGCAGGUGUUGCCAUCUUAGGCUGCAUUGAAAAUAUCAUUCUGGAGAGAAAUCAGAUAAGUGUGUUUAGUCUGACUAGCCCUUUAGACAAUUCAUUCACCAAAGAUUUCUUUCUGGAGAUUAUUACCUCACAAAUGCUAGGAAUCGGCAAAACCUUUACGCGGGGCUCACAUUCUACCAGUCAUCAAAUAAUCUGUGCUGGACAGAACAUUACACAUGUAAUGAAUGGGGCAAGGUUCCAAAUUAAUGCUCUCUCGUCACUGGAUAUUGGAAUAUUUAUCCUGGAGAGAAACCACAGAAAUAUAAUGUGUGGCAAGGAUUUUACCCAAAGAUCAUAAGAUGGGGGAGUUACUGGAAUUAUCUCUUACAAAUGUAACAAGUGUGGCAAAAUCUUCACCUUGAGUUCAAGUAUGAGGCAACAAGGGAGAGUCCAUUGAAGAAAAACCCUACCGAGGUCUUAUCCAGGCUGCACAAUUCAUCAGACUUCUCAAUACAUACCUUUGAAGGAAACCACACAAACUAAUAUGUGUGCUAAGGCUUGUACCUGAAGAUAAAACCACUGAAAUAGAUUUAAUCUGGAGAGCAGUGUUUCAAGUAUAAUGUUAUAAAAGUUUUCAUCAGGUAUCUCCAACUUGGUGUAAUGGUUCAUUUCAUACAGGUCAGAAACUAAAGAGAUUUACUGAACGUGGAAAGAAUUUGAUGAAGCAUUGCUUCCUGAGGUUUCAUCACAAAACGCCUCAUAUUGGGGAUGAUCCUUACAAAUGUAACGAAGUAGGUAAAGUUUUUGCACAGUUCUUAAAUUAGCCUGUGUGUCAGCCAAUCCAUAAAAGGAAUAAGUAAGUCUGCAGUUCUCUUAAGAUUAAUGGGAGAUCGUUACGUUCUUCAGAAUUAUUACAAGUCAUAAUAAGUUAAAAUUUGUGGAAUGAUUUGUAUAUGACAUGAAAACAUAUGUGUAAAUUGGCAAUUGUCUUCACUCUGUAAAUAUUCUAUUAAUUGUGUUUUCUUGAAGAGGCCACAUUACAGUUUAUGCCAUUCAACCUGAAGUUUGAAGUCUGUUGACCUUAAUCUUCAUUACAGGUCUUUGAUGAUGGUCUCUGGGAAGGAGUCAGUAAGGAGUCAGUGAAGGAGCCAAUUUCAUUGGGUUUCGUUCAUCCACAUCUACGUUCCCUGGAAAAACAAGGACCCUUAAUUACCAAAUUCACUAGUGUAUUAAUUAGCGUCAGGGAGGGGCAGAGAAUAGUGUAAAAUUCUUGUUGCCCAUCGUGCUUGUUAUGUUGAGGGUCUAUCCAUGGAUAGAGCACAGUUAGUUACAGAACAUAAUCCUCUGCUAGGUGACCAUGAGCAGAGCAGUAAGGACACUGAGGGAUGCGACUGUUCAUGAGAGGAGAGGGAAGGUUACUAGGGACGGAUUAUGUGGUAGGAACAGUGCCCAGAAAGCGUUGGUUACUUUCUCCAUUGCAUGGUGAAUAGGUGUUGUUUACAUCUGUGUUUUUUUUUUUUUUUUUUUGCUGUACCGUGUAGCAUAUGUGAUCUUAGUUAACCAGGGAUCAGACCUGUGCCCACUACAGUGGAAGCACAGAGUCUUAACCCCUGGACUGCCAGGGAAGUCCCUGCAUCUGUGUUUAAUGAGUCUUAAUCUUGGGAAUUGUAGGGAGAGCAGUUAGGAUGAGAGGAAAAUUUAAUUACUGGGAUGAGCCUUCGUGGAGGGUAGGCUUACAGUUUGAACUUCCAGUUUGUCUCAAAGGAGCACUCAGGCUUUUUUUCCCUUUAAUUAGUUUGUUCGGAUAGGCUGAAAAAGAAAAAGUUCUUCCUCAACAUUAAAAAGUGUCAAUAGUCAAACAUCAAAAAUGAAAUUAGGGGAAAUUCCCUGGCAGUCCAGUGGUUAGGACUCAGUACUCACACUGCCAAACUGACAGGUUCAAUCCAUGGUUAAGAAACUAAGAGCCCAUAAGCCAAAAAAAAAUUUUUUAAUGGGAUUAGACUUCAGAGAACUUAACUGAAGCAGUCUCCUCUCACCUGCCAACUAGUGUGCCUCACAAGCGUCCUAUGUUAAUAAGUCUGCUCCUUCUUUGCCUGCCACUUUGCUGAAUUCCUUCUGUGCUGAGACACAAAGAACCUGAGCCUCAGUAAGUCCAGGCUCCAGAUACUGAAACCCCCACCAGGUGGGAGACACUAAGCCUGCUGCCCACCAGCAGGUAGAACCCAGAGCAGUUGGAGCCAGAAGGUUUAUGAGGCUGACUGCCACUUACCUCACCACCAGCCAAUCAAAGGAGAGUUCACGAGCCGACCACACCCACUUUGAGCCAUUACUAUAAAACUCACUACCCGCUCUUGUUUGAGACACACAGUUUUGAAGGCAUUAGCCCACUGUGGCCCCUUUGCUGGGCAAAGCAAUAAAGCUAAACUUCUCUACUUUGGGGAAAAAAAAAGCAAAACACCCAUUUGCUUACUCCUGAAACUUCUGAGUUAAUUGGCUUGGAAAAUUACACUUUUUGUCUUGGUAAUUUAUUACAUUUGUUUUCCACAGCACAUGUUCAAUAUGGUUCUGUAAAAUACUUGUAAGAUACUAUUUAAAUAAACUUCUGGAGAUAUUUUUA